AUGCUCCCUUUUUCAAUUUUGUAAACGUUUUUUAGAUUGUAAUAACUCCUUUUUAGAGGUGAUUUUCCAUUCCAUAUUUCCGCUUAGUGUACCUUACAAGUAGGCAGUCAAUUACUGACAAACAAGCCAAGCACACAGCGCAGCACACACCUGAAUAUUUUCAGGGCCAGGUGACAAGGCGGAGACAACGACGACAGCGACACGAACUGGGAAAGGACCAAGGAUGAACCUGAGUGCUAUUCUGAGAAGUGUGAGCAACGGUCUAGGCUUUGGGGCCGCCACGAAGCGAAAGGAUUUGAAUCUCUCCUAUCCGAGACCAAUCUCGCGCUCCAGUUCUCCAUUGAGCAUUUCCUCGAAGAACUCCAAUACUGAUCCCGUUUCUGAUCUUAUAAUUCCCUCUGAGGACGAAGAGGAAGUCACUCCGGCUGAGAAUCGUCUGGCCUCGGCUGCUGCAAACCUGAAUAAAACUCAAAGUCCCUAUCAACAGACCAUCCAGCAGAUCUUGAGACUGGUCAACGAACUGGAGCAUACGAUUCAUGAGGAUCAGCGGCAAGAGUUUAAGCUACGAAUGGCUCUUAAUCGACAAACGGAACGGGUGGAGGAAUUGGUAUUUUCUCUGGAUACGGAGAAGAAGAGAAAUGGACGUCUAGUGCAGCUCCUUAAGGGAAUUGAUACGUCUAGUUCAGACGAAAGUGAUCCAGGGGAUAGAGUGAAGACCAUUGGGGAAUUGUAUGAUUCCAUCAGUCCCUUACUAAUGCAACAGCGGUACGAUGAGCUCUCCGUGUCCCAUCGCCAGAGUCGCCGGCAAUUGGCAAAAAAGGAAAAAGCUCUGAAGGUCCUGAAAUGCGAGACGGAGCAGUUGCACUCCAAGUACGAUCAGCUUUUCGAUGAAUAUCGAAGUGAACAGCGUCGCUUUGAGAUGCUGUGCACCCGGUACAUCCAGAUGCAGUUGAAGAAGAAACAGGAAAUCUUCAACCUAAAGAAUACUCUUGGUCAAGCCAGUGAGUGUAUCUUCCAUGCCCAAGUGGCCAUCGACGAGUGUUGUCAUCGGGAAAAGUCACCCAUAUCCCCGGAAAAUCUGCAAAACUUUAGCAGGAAUCUCGAGUGCUUUAUGGAUGCCCUGAGGAAUUGCUGUAGCUUGCGAAAAGUCCAUGAACUCCAGCAGCAACAGCUACAAAAGGAAGAGGAAACUGAAAAUCAGGUCACUGAUGCCAUCACCCCCAAGGCCAAAGAAUCCUCGAUCUCUAGUAGCGUCACUUAUGUUCAGCAUUUAUCAAGUCGACAUCCUCAAAUCCGACGUCACAGACAUUCAGCUCGUUGAACCAUCACUUUUAGUUACAUCUUAAUGUUAGGUUUCUUGUGAAUAUUUUUAAUUUAUGAAAAAUUGAUUCAUUUAGUGAAAAGUGUAAAAAAUAAAAACAAAAAAAAAGUUUAUAAACAUAUAAAAACCCA